GCCGAAGGUUAUUUAGGAAACGUGGGUAGAUCGAACCACGACACAGGAAGAGAUACCAAUGAUUGAAGAAUGCAGAGGCUUGAAAAAAACUGGCGAUACUCAAAACAAGGGGGCAGAGGAUUCAGACACAAGCUAUGAGCUUGCCCCAACGUUUAAGUCUGUAGAGCCGGAUAUCAGCUAUGGGCUGGCUCAACUUUCUCAGACCAUCGAGCCAGAUGUUAGCUAUGAGUUGGCUCAACUGUUUGAGACCCCCGAUCUAGACAUGGGUUGUGACCUUGCCCAACCAUUUAAGUCAAUUGACCCGGAUGUCGGCUACAAGCUGGCUCAUCCUUUUGAGACUGUCGAGUCGGACGUCAGCUAUGAGAUGGUGCAACUAUUUGGGACCAUCGAACAUGAUGACAACUAUGACUUGGCUCAACUCUUUGAGGCCUCCGAACCAGAUAUGGACUAUGGGCUCCAAUUGUUUGAGACCGUCGAUACGUAUGAAAACGAUGUUGAAAGCUCUCUUAAAACAACAAUAAGUCGUGAUCUGGCAACUACGAAAGAUAUCGAGGGCUCCGGAAUGGAUCAAUGCAAGUUAAUAAGUAAGUGCGAUGUGAUGAGUAUUGGGGGUGAAUUCGUUGAGGACUGUUUGGGGGGUCAGCAAAGUGAUAACCCACUCGCGUUUGACCAAGAAGUUGAAAAAAAGACUGUGAUGGAAGUGAAAAUUAUUGCGGAUGCCGACGGUCCGGAAAACAUGUCGAUGAGAAUUAUGAAAAUGUCAGGGCUUGAAGAGAGAUUGGAAACGGAGAAACCCGCUGUGGAUGUGAAGAGGUACGAGGACAAGGACUUGGUCAGGGCUGAAAAUUGGGUAGCAGGUUCGGGAAUUGGGAUCGAUAUGCGAGAAUGGAAUGCAGACUUGGGUCUUUUUCCCCUCUUGCUGUUCACCCUUGUCUCUAUGUGUGCUCGUGCAUGCUGUAGCAGGUGCAACUGCUCUAGCUUCACGCAAUUAAUUUACGACGUUUUCAUAACCGGUUGCCCCUUUGUCUUCGGACUCUUUGGUCGUGUGAAGGAGGGACUACACUCCUUGGUGGGGAUAUGGAUCCGUCUGAGCCUAUCGUGCGGAGCUUUUCCUACAAAGCCCACGAAGCCUUUCUAUACUCCCUUGAUGCUCUCAUAUAGUGGAAGGAGACGAGAUGAGAGAAGGACGAAGGCGCUUGAGAACGGGGGUGGUGGACCUGAUAUUGAAAGGGGGAGGCGGUCUACCAUUUAUUACAUUGAUAAGGUCGACCAGAAAGCGUAGAAGCGGAGGUAGACACUACUUCCACAAGUGGCGAGACAAAACCAAAGUCCGUUGGAGCCUGGCAAUGCGCGAGUGGUUGAGAGAACAAGCCAGGGAUAAAAAGCGGAAAGCAAA